AUGGCCGAAUCACCCGAGCCGCGGCCGCCCAGCGAUCCGGAACGACAAUCCGCCGUGGAUUUCUUCCUACGCCAUGUCGACAACUCACCAAACAUCUCCCACGCCCGCUGCCUCCAAAAGGUUAAGCAGUACGCCCUCGCCACCGCAACAGGCCUCGCCCUGACCGGAAACACCACCGCAGCUACGCGGCUGGUUGAGCUGCUACGCGAACACGGCCUGGACCCCCUCCAGGACCUGGCCGACAGCGUCUUCCUCGUGCCGGCCAUGUACUUUGCCUGGGAGGCGACCGCGUCCUGGCCGGAUUGGGCUCCCACCAGUGAGCGCACCGAGCAGGCUCUCGCCACGGUCGAGACCGCCGCCAGACAGACCUGGCUGGAGCGGUUUUCGGAACCUUACGGCGUCGACGAGGAUACGGUCCGCAAGGCGCUCCAAAUGGCUGACGACAGCAUCAACAAUGCCUUUCCCGACGUUCCCGUCGCGGACAGGAUCCGACUGGCGGCCAGGUGGUUUGACGAAGGCCAGUACGGCUUUGCGUCCAACCCCAUGGGGCCUUUCUCGUCGCGGUACAUCACGAUGCAGUCGUGGUGGCGGCUGAGUACUUAUCCGUAUCCGUGGCAGCAGCUGUUCCGAUCUGCGGGGCUCGUUAUUGCUCUUGAUGUGCAGUUGAAGCUGGGUAGAUAUGACGACGCCAUGGAGACGCUGCGGCAGAUUUGUGCCCGAAUCACGUUUACAGAACAGGCAUUUAUGCUGGCCUGCUCAAGGGCUGCGUGGAAGAGUAAGCUGUUCACUGCAGGAGAUGGUGGUGAUGGCCGCUCGACAUUCAUGGGCGUGCUCGAUAUCGAUCCGACCGAUUUACAGGCCGGCGGUUUACGGGCUGUUGAAAUGCUCGAAGAACGACUAUGCAGCGGCCCCAAGCGGCCCUUUAGAAACAAAAACAUCAAAGAGCUCACACGCAUCCUCAGCGCAAACACUUUUGAGAACUGCGCCUACGACGAGCUGGAGAUUUACGGCCCUCCCUUGGAGCGGCCAGAGCACGCGGACGCUCUGCUUCACAGCCCAUGCUCUGAAGAAGACGCCAUCGCGCUGGAACGCCGGCUGGGGACGGACCUACCCCCGGAUUACCGGGAGUUCCUCUCCGCAAGCGACGGCAUGGACCCCUUCUGGGACGGCGGCUUCCUCCUGCGGCUACUCGCCCCGGCGGCCGAGGUAUGCACAGUCCACCUCGACUUUUUCGACCGGGACAUAAUGCAGCUGCCCCUGCUGCGCGACCAGCGCACCCCCAUCGACUGGCCGCCCAUGCCCGAACGCGCCGUCUCGCUGUCGGGGCCGGAGGCGGGCGGGGACGGCGGGGAUCUGUGGCUGAUAGACCGCGAGACGACGGCUCGGUGCAAGGAGGCCUUCUUCGCCGCCCUCGACGCGAGCUCGGCCGAGGAGAAGAGCGUUCUGCAGAGGGCCGUGGAAGACGUGUACGGGAGCAUGCAGCGGUUUCGGGACCUCGACCGUGCCGUCGUGGGCUGGACGAGCUGGGGCCACGAGUUUGAGGCUUUCGAUGGCGUUAGGGGAGUGCUCGAGGUCAUGGCCGAGCGGAGCCUGCACAGGCUGAGGCCGUGGGAUGACUGUUUCCGGCCGGGGCAUCGAAAAGUGCUUCUUUGA